AUGGAGGAGAGGCAGGAACCAGUUACUUGGGAUGUCUUUAGGAGGAAGUUCCUCUCCGAGUACUUCCCUGACAGUGUCAAAUAUGCUAAAGGGGUAGAAUUUUUGAAGUUGACCCAAGGAAGAAAGUUUGUGACUAAGUAUGUAGAAAAGUUCAAGCACCUCAGUUGUUUUUACACCAUGCCACUGGAUGAAGAGUGGCGAUGCAGGAAAUUCGAGAACGGCCUCCAUGGAGACCUUCGUUUGGUGGUGGCUCUGCUAUCCAUCAAAGACUUUACAACCUUGGUAGAGAAGGCGAGGGUCAUGGAGAAGAUGAAGGUGGAGGUGGAAACUCAACACCCACACCAGCCAAGAGUGGAAGGACCAUUUGGGUCCAGGCAUAGGCACGAGGAGAGGAGGAAGCCCUAUACUAGGCCUCAUUUCCAGUCUCAGGGGUCUAGGGAGUCUUUUUCCCAACAGAGUAGGAUUCAGUGCUACCAGUGUGGAGGACUGCAUAAGAGGAAUGUAUGCCCCCAGCUUGCAGGCUUCAAGAGGUGCAAAAACUGUGGCAAGAAAGGCCACUUUGGGAGGGACUGCCCCACCCUUGCUAGGGCAAUUACACAACCUUUAGUACAGACUCCUGUGCAGAACCAACAAAGGCACAGAGACAACAGGCCUCAAGCGAUUGGCAGAGUGUACGCCAUGACCGGGACGAAGGUAGCAAGUUCAGGUAACCUCGUUAUAAGCCAUUGUAUGAUAGCUAGAAAAGCUUGUUGUGUGUUAUAUGACUCUGGAGCGACACACUUAUUUGUGUCAGAUGCAUGUGUGAAAAAGUUGAGUUUGCCGGAGUUAGAGGUGAUCUUGGGAAUGGAUUGGCUCUCUGCCAAUCGCAUUCUUAUAGAUUGUCAAGAGAAGAAGCUGCUUUUCCCCAACUCAGAGGAGCCUGAGUUGUUAACAUCUCAGGGGGUUGUGAAGGAACUACAAGGGGGUACACAGUGUUACAUAAUCUUCACACAUCUAAAGGUGGAGAAAGAGGAGAGGACGUCAGUUAUACCAGUCGUGCAUGAAUUUGAGGAUGUAUUCCUGGUGGAAGUGCCAGGUUUACCUCCCAAUAGAGAAGUGGAAUUCUCUAUUGACCUAGUACCGGGAACCGGCCCGGUGUCGAUGGCCCCAUAUCGGAUGGCGCCGGCGGAGUUGGUGGAACUCAAGAGUUAG